AAAAAACACUUGUGGCGUAUAUUAAUAAUCAGAGGAGUAGUUAGAUUAUCAGUGCAAUAACUAUAAAGCUAUAGACAAUCAAUUCACUUUACUAUAUAAUAACACCUAAAUUUGUUGGUCUAAAUAUGUUGGAUGCAUGUGUGUCAUGUAUCAGACAAUAGCGAGUUUAUCACCCAUAAUUAGUCAAACAAGUCAUUUACGUAUACAUAUGAUAACAGAGGGUAAAGAGUAGAUAAUAAACCCCAUAAUUACCUAAAAAAAAAAAAAAGCGUAUUAUCAACGUUUUAGAAGACUUUAGUGGUCAACGUUUGAGUUCAGCCUUGAGGAGGGAGAAUGAAACGCUGAGGUGAUUAUAAAAGAGAGAGGCCUGGAGAAGCGGGGCAGUCAUGGGGGAGGAGGGCGUGUCUCCAAGGCAGCGGCUGGCCCUCGCCAAGCAGAAAAUUAAGGUAUGGGAAGGCAAAUACAAGGCCACCUAUGGCUGCCCCCCUGACCGAGAGGCAAUGGCCCAGGCCCCUGAGGACAUCAGACACGCAUACAAGACCUACCGCUACUACAGGAAGGCCGUGACGCAGCCAAGCGCAGACAAGAGCUCGGCAAGGGACAAAGAGUUGCUGCACACCUCCCAUGAUGCCGGGGAAACAAUCUUAGAAAAGGACAAAGAGGCAACAAGCACAAUACAUGACGAAAGAGAAAGCUCAACAAAUGAUAAAGAAGUGUUACGUUACUCUAGUUCAGGCGAUGUCAGCCACCACGUGUCUGUGUCAAGUACUGAUGAUCUAGUCACUUCUCAAGAUGGUAACACACACAAGGAAGGCAGUGCAGGGCAGGAGGUGCUUGGCGUGGCAGGUGGUGAUGUUUGUGACCUUGAUAUGAGGCUUAAGAAUGACGUUAAUGGCUCUGUAGUCUCAGAAAUCAAGACUCAAUCUACCAAUGUUAGUGAGGCAAAGACUUGUAAUGCCACAGUGACAACAGGUAACACCAGUCCGACAGGCGGGACAGGUAACACAACUCCUGCCACUAAGUAUGCUAACACAUCUUCUGGCACCUGGGGGACACACCUGAACAAGGAGAGAAAUAGUACUAAGAAGGUUAAUAAGGACUUGUCACUGUACACCAAGAUGGCCGAGAAACUUCGCGCCAAAAGCACCAUCAAGAUGAGGAAAUCCUUGAGUCGAGUGAGCAGGCCGCAGGUGAACCCAUUUUCUUCUCGGUCGAGGGUAUCAAAUGGAAGUACUGAAACGUCCAAUGAUUCGAUUGAUGGUUGCAGUAAUGACUCAAGCCUCAGUAAGAUCAAAGCUAGUGAUGAAGAAACCUUACAAGAUAUUAGUCAAGUUUUCGCCUCUGAAAGUAACGAAGUAUUUGACGAAAGUUCUUUUGGCACCGUUGAUGAAUUACUACCAAUGAGUGAAUCUGAAGCAAUGGAAGACAGUUCUAACAAAGAAUUCAACCCAUUUAGAGAAAUUAGGGAGCAAUCAACAAGUAUAUUUGAUGCACUGGAAGCCAAAUCUUUAGAGGGUCUAAUGGGACCAAACUUUGUCAGCAAACCAAAGUCAGUCCCGAGUAGCAUACCCGACACAAUGGAAUCAGACACCUUUGAUAAGGCUCCUAAAUACCAUGAAAUCACAAGCAGCCAGAAAGCACCAGUCGUCCAGCCCAUUAGCGUCCUGUCCACCCUGGGCCAGACUAACACCUCUGGCCUGCUGGGUAUCAAGAAAAGGGCAUCACUUAACCUAGCCUGGGUGGAGCGCUAUACAGAAGCGCCACUGGAGGGCAGUGUAGCUAUGGAACAAACUGUGCCGGAGGAGAACUGGAAAAUGAAGUUGAUUGACAAGGAGUGGUCAGAAGAUGCUCAGGAGAGACUACAAGCAGAAGAGCCACUGGUAGAAGAGCAGUUCAGUGAUGAGGAUAUGUUUUCUAUGCCCAAGACUGCACCCAAGUCUACAAAGCCACCCAAGUCUUCUUCAGUGAUGAAUGCAAUGAAACCCACAAGAAUAAAUGUCUCGGCCAAAAACACCACUUCCAAAAAACCUACAAAACGAGCUUUAUCGAAUGUAAACUUGAAUGCCUCCAAACCUACAAAAACAAACGCCAAGGUGCCAGCCAAAACUACCAAGAGAAAGGCGCCGGCAGUAAGGAAAACCAUGAGUAAAACAGCUCAGAAGAAGGAAGACAGUCCCCUCCCAACACCGAACAACACUGGCAGGGUGCUGAGGACAAGAAGCACAAGAAACACCCCCAAACCUGACUACGCUGAGGACACGGAUGAGGAAGAUUACAACAUAGAUACACCUACACAUGGAAGACAGAAGAGAAGAAUGGUGGAUGAGGAUGAUGACUUUGACUUUGAAGAUGGAGAGCAGCCAGAGGAAGAUUACAUUACCACUCCUAUAAAUGGAGGGCAGAAGAGAAGGAUAGUGGAGGAGGAGGAAGAGUGGCAAGACUCUGGAGAUGGAGCACAGCCGGAGGAAGAUUACAUUACCACACCUAUAAAUGGAGGGCAGAAGAGAAGGAUAGUGGAGGAAGAGGAAGACUACCAAGACUUUGGAGAUGAAGGGCAACUUGAGGACCGGGAAAGAACCAGUCCAUUCGCAUUUGAGGAAGAAGAGAACAUCGAGUCUGAACCAGCCAUCAGUGAGGUCUGCAUGAGGAAGAGGAGGAAGGUAGAGACGAUAGAGGAGCUGGAGGAGCAGGGAAAGAUUCAGUCCCAGUGGCCGCCUCCCAAGAAGAAGAGAGUAGCAAGGAAGAAAGCACCAAGAGGCAGACCCAGGAAAGUAAAUAAAGAGAACUCACCGAAAAUAAAACCCAGAAAAGUAGAUAAAGAAAACUCGCCUAAAAUUAAGAGACCAGUUAGGAAGAGGAAGAUAAUACAUCCCAGAGAGGAAGAUGAUGAGGAUGAGUUAGAGGUGGAAGAGAGAGGACUAGCUGUAGAUAAACCAGCCCAGCCAUCAGUUCCGAGUACGGCUUACGAUGAGACGGAUGAUAUUGAGUCACAUGGCAAAAAGAACACCACUACGAAGGGAAAAUAUCUAACAGGGAAGGAGCGCUUGAUGAAGAAGGCCGCCACUGGCUCCCUCAACAACAACUUUGUGCGUAUCAACCUCAAGAAGAAGGUUUACGUCCGAGGCAAGAAGACCAUGAACGGCGGAAAGUACAAGAGGCAGGAAUGGAAGAAAAAGCAGCUCAUGAAGAGUGCCGAAGGAGGCGACCCCGCUGCGAUGAAGAACCUGACCUGCUUCAAGUGUGGGGACUUUGGACACUGGGCUCGGAGCUGUCCAGGGAAGAGAGGUGACAAGCUUACACCUCUUGAAGAUUAUGACGAGAAAGAAUCCACAUUCCUCAGCCUGGAAGAAGCUGCCUCAAUGGCCUUGGGUGUUAAAAAUAAACAAUCUGGGCCUGUAAUUAGUAGGCUGUAUCCUAAAGCUGCAGAAACAGAGAAGGGCGAUGAAACCACAACACCCGCUUCUGAUAAUAAUACUGAAGCCGGCACAGGCGACACCAUUGCCCCAGAACUACAAGAAGCUGCUGGAGACACAGAAGAAGAAGAAAUUGAGGCAGCAUGUAAUGAAACUCAAGCUACCUCUACCAGUGAUACAGAAUGUUUGCCUGAUGGUGAAAACAACACAACCAAUGACCCAGAACAAGACAACAAUAGUCAACAAGCAGCCAGUUUAGCAGAGUAUGACUUCAUGGAUGCUGAUGAUGAUGAUGACAUGUUUGGUAAUCUAAAGGAAGCAGAUUUCCAGGAGCAGGAGCAGCCAGGACCGAGCAGCUCACAGGAGACCAUCACCAGCACACCACAAUUUGGCAGCUCACAGUCCUACACCAACCCCUGGGAGGAGAGACCCACUGUGGACCCUCUUUACACCCUGGAGGAGGAUGGGGAGGUCAUUGCCACCACUGAGGAGGUGCGCGAUACCCUCAGGAUGUUUGGCUACCCGUCAUUUAGAGCAGGGCAAGAGGACGCCAUUAUGAGGAUCUUGUCAGGCCAGUCCACCCUCCUUGUCCUCUCCACAGGGUCAGGGAAGAGCUUGUGUUACCAGCUCCCGGCUUACCUGUACGCUAAACAUCGCUCGCCAUGCAUCACGCUCUGUGUCUCCCCGCUGGUGUCCCUUAUGGAGGACCAGGUGUUGGGGCUGCCGAGUUUUUUAAAGGCUGUCUGUCUCCACACCCACCAGAGCCCCACUCAGCGGUCCCAGGCUCUCAUGGCCAUACACUCCAGAGCUGCUCACAUCCUUCUGGUGUCCCCCGAGGCAGUGGUGGCAAGUCGUACUGGUGGAGUCCUCGGCACACUCCUCAAAGAGCUUCCCCCAGUGGCCUUCGCUUGUCUUGACGAGGCUCAUUGUGUGUCAGAGUGGUCCCAUAACUUCCGACCGUCUUACCUCAGAGUCUGUCAGGUCCUGCGGGAGAGGCUGGGCGUCAAGACCAUCCUGGGACUCACCGCCACAGCCCGCCAUGCCACAGCACAUAGCAUAGCACGGCACCUCCUCAUCUCUGACUUUGACACGGGGGUGAUCCGAGGCACCAGCGUCCCAGACAACCUGCAGCUGUCUGUGUCCCGGGACCGUAACAGAGAGGAGGCGUUGGUGGCGCUGCUGCAAGGGGAACGGUUCUCCAGCUGCUCCUCCAUCAUCAUCUACUGCACAAGGCGGGACGAGUGCGAGCGUGUGUCCACCCUCAUCAGGACGCAGCUCCUCGACCCUUCAAAGAUUGACGUCAAGAGUAACUUAAAGAGGCAUCGUGGCUUAUCCUUUGAUGCUGAAGCCUACCAUGCCGGCCUAAGCUCACACCGCAGGCACCAGGUCCAGAAGAGAUUCAUGUCUGGCAAGCUGAGGAUCGUCGUGGCCACAGUAGCGUUCGGGAUGGGCAUUGACAAGUCUGACGUGAGGGGCAUCAUCCACUUCAACAUGCCCAGGAAUGUGGAGAGCUACGUGCAGGAAAUUGGGCGCGCGGGGCGAGACGGCGAGGAGGCACACUGUCACUUGUUCCUGGACGACCAAGACGGGAGAGACAUCCAGGAGCUCAAGAGACACAUAUUUGCUAACUCGAUUGACCGACACACCAUCAGAAAGCUCCUCAACAAAAUAUUUAAGCCUUGUACCUGUGCUAAGCUGAAGAGUCUAAGUUCCGGUAGUGAGGAGAAGGAGGAGGAGGAUUUGACUAUAGAUAUUCCCUCUUCUCCUGUGCACUCCUAUGCGUCCAAGGAUACAGAUGCUAGGAAUUCAGGCACAGCAGCAGACCCCUUCAGCGUACCCACCAGCUCAUCAUGUUGUCCCAGGCACGAGGUUGCCAUACCCAUAGAAGCUGUGGUGGAGGAGCUGGACUUACCUGAGGAGAACCUGGAGACACUACUCUGUUACUUGGAGCUCCACCAGGGAAACCUCAUCCACAUCCAGUCCCACGUGUACGCCAACUGUACCGUGUCCUGCUAUGGAGGUCCUCGCCAACUGGUGGCUGUGAGCAGGAAGUGUCCUCCGCUAGCUGUUGCCAUUGCCUUAGAGCGCCAGAAUGGAAAGGAUUUUACAAAGAGUAAUAGUGUCUCCUUUCCCGUGGUGGAGGUAUCGUCACGUAUGGGGUGGAAUAGCAAGAUUGUGAAGCGCGAGUUGAAGGCGCUUGAGUGGAACACGCAGGGACUGAGUGUCGGAGGGAAUGUAAAGCGGUCUGGCGCGGUGGUGGAGAUGACCGACUUGUCCUUCCACCUUGAGGCUCGGGGGGAUCUGAGUGACGACGAGCGUGACCGAGUGUUGGACGCCGUGUACCGACGGACCAAAGUGCAGGAGCUGGACCAACUCCGCCAGCUGCACUACACCUACCAGCUGCUGCGCUCUGUCUCCCACAGCACCAUCCUCUUCUGCUGUGACUCAGUGGACCAGGAGCGCUGCGACAGGCUGCGGACUGAGUUGAGAGAGUACUUCAGGAGUGAUGGUGCUCUGUCCGAGGUGGAGGUGGAGGAUAAGGGGGGCGUGAAGCCAGAGGUGGAGUGUGGCAUCAGGGGCAGCGUGCGUUCCUUCCUCUCCACCUACAGCGACCAGCAGUGGACAGGACGUGCAGUGGCGAGGGUGUUCCAUGGCAUCGGCUCGCCCAACUACCCGACGGAGGUGUGGGGGCGGGUCAGGAGGUUCUGGCGGCAGCACCUCAACGCAGACUUUAAUGCCCUGGUGAACAUUGCCACACAGGAGAUACUGAGGUGUAAGUAGGUGUGGGAAUAAGGUGCUCAACCAUGCUUGAACACCUCGCCACUUCCUCAUAUUUCUUUUUUAAUGCCUAUGGUUUUAUGAUAUUACAGAAUUUUGUAAGUUUCUUUUAAAGAUUAUUGAAAAUUUUGUAAAUAAUUAGUUUUUACUUGAUGUCUAGUGCUCUAGUAUCAAAUACAUACAAAUGUUCAAUGGAACAUUCAAAUAAAUAAAUGUACACAAAAUUUCAAGCAUGAAGGAAAUAUAUCCAUUGCCAUAAAUCAUUGUACAUUGAUCAUCAUGCUUACCCGGUUCAGUGCCUGUACAUAAACUCAAAGGAAACCAGACAUAUAUUCAUUAUAAUAUAUUUCCUUUAUAUUUUCAUUACAGUGUAACAAACAAUGAGUGUGUUCCGGUUGUAACAUUUGUCUUCCAUAUAAACUGUGACAUGACAAAUUAAUAUGUUGUGAGAAAUAAAUAAACCUACCUAGAUGUU